AUGAGAGAUAGCUUGAAGAAGAGAGAAGAUGAUGAUGAUGAAGAGGCGGUGGUAGUGAUUGUGCGCCGUGGAAAUGGAGUAGCUAUUGGAGACUCUGCGUUCACCUCACAUUUCCCCCAAUCACUUUCUCUCUUCCUUUCCACCGCGACCCCACCAUCCCCUCCCCCAACAGCCAGCCACCGACCCCCACCGACGACGGCCCGCGACGAGACCAACCGUUUGAUUAAGCAAUGGGGAGUGAGUCUCCUUCGGACAAUUUGUGGAACUCCUAACUAUGUAGCACCAGAGGUAUUGGGUCACAAAGGGUACAAUGGUGCUGUUGCGGAUGUUUGGUCUUGUGGAGUUGUUCUAUAUGUUCUAAUGGCAGGAUAUCUUCCGUUUGACGAAAUUGAUCUCACUAGUUUGUAUAGUAAGAUAGAUAAAGCUGAGUUUUCAUGUCCUACAUGGUUUCCAGUUGGAGCAAGAUCUUUAAUUCAUCGGAUCUUGGAUCCAAAUCCUGAAACUCGAAUUGUAAUUGAGGAGAUAAGAAAUGAUGAAUGGUUCAAGAGGGAUUAUAUUCCUGUCAAACGUACAGAAUAUGAAGAUGUUACUCUUGAUGACAUAAAUGCUGCUUUUGAUGAACAUGAGGUUUGUUCAGUCAUUGUGCAAGCAAAUGCUGAUUGUUUUCUUCGGCUUCUUUUAAGAUCUACAUCGUUUGCAGGAAGAAGGAGGGCUCUUUGAAGCAUCAAACGCGUUUUGUUUCACGAAAACCUCCUAAAGUAGUUUUAUCUACAAUGGAAGUUGUCGCACAAUCUAUGGGAUACAAAACCCACAUCCGAAAUUUCAAGGAAAAUAUAUAUAUUUUUAACUUCUUGCAGUUAAUUUUCAUCGAAUGACAUAAAAAUGUGUUUUUUUUUAUUUCCUGUCGUUGUAGAUGAGAGUGGAAGGCUUGUCAGCAAAUAAGACUUCAUAUUUCUCAGUCAUCUU